AUGAACGGACUAAGCCCUCAGCUCAACGACGUUCAAGCACAAGUCGACGCUUAUUGUCAUCCAAAUAUACAAGCUGCUAGAAGAUCAUGCUUUGGCUUUUUUUCCAACGCUAGUACGUUUUCGAUCCUAUCUGAGCCCGAUCAAUUCAGCUUGGAGAAUCAAGAGGAGUUAGCUUGCGGCAAGGAGAGUGAGACAAUGCUUGAGACGUUGGCACAAUCCGUCGAGCUCAUUGAUACCACCAUUCUUGCUUCCAAGGGAUCUGACUUCCAUUUUCUUCAACGCUACUCUCAAGAGUGUCUUGAUACUCUCACAGGCUGGAUUGACAGUCUCUAUUUGGCCCAUAUCAAGAGCUCAUCUCAACCCAUCAAACUACGACCACCCACCGUAGAGCUUGUCAAAUCGGUGUUGUCACUCUUCAAAUUAAUCAGGCUCUUUCUCAGCAAAUCCGACACGAACACCACUAACAAGCCACCAUCCAUAAUCAAACAUAGAAUGAUUUCAGAUGAGUUUGAUGAAUUCGCAUGCAGCAUCAAACAAUUUCGUGUCUCGAUGCAGCACUUCGCAUUGGAAUUUGUACAACCGCCGCAACAUUAG